AUGGAAUCCGGCUUCACAGUCUCACUUUGGCCGCUGACAAUGGCGGCCGCAACUUUGGCCCUGCGAUUGGGAUUGAGCUUAGCCGUGGCUCUAAUGGCCACCGGAAAUGGUCAACAGCAACAGCAGCAGCAGCAAGUGGCCAACAGCAAGCAGUCGCAUCUCUGGCUUGAUUGCUUCUGCCUCCACCUGACCGAGCGGAAUGCCACCCAAUGGGGCAGGUUAGCGAUUAAUGCCAGCCAGGCGCUGGGCGCCAAGAACAACUGCCUGAUGAUCUUCAUCGGCGGAAUGGACGACGAGCUGGUGGCCUUUCAGCUCGAGCAGUUGCAGCUGCGCCCCGGCUGCUUGGACAGCAUGGACGUCUUUCCCUAUUUGCGGGAGCCCGUCAUCGAGAACGCGACACUGGCGGCGGACACCUUUUGCCAGCACAGCCGGAAUCGCAGUGCCACGCCUAUUUAUAGCGCGGGUCGAUUGCUGGGGCUGCGCCUCCGGUUCCAGCAGCCGCCCACGGACUUGGCCCGCUGGAACUUGACCCUCACCGCCAGCUAUCGAUUUCUGAAGCGAGAAAACUUCCGGACGGAUGGUCGCCUGGUGCCGCAUAGCUUCUGCGACUUCUACUUCUUCGCCAGUUUGUCCGGCGAGGAGGGCAAUCUGGGUCAGGGCUACUUCCACUCCCCCCAGUUUCCCGCCCACUAUCCGGCGCACAUCAAGUGCGCCUACAAGUUCAUCGGUCGCCCGGACACCCAUGUGGAAAUUCUGUUUGAGGAGCUGCAACUGCCGCCGGUGGCCAGCGGUGGAUGCCAGUUGGAUGCACUUACUCUGUUCGACGCCGAGGCAGCUCACAUGAGCUCGGUCAUCGAUGUGCUCUGCUCCAGUCGACCCACUCGCCGUUUGGUUAGCAGUGGUCCAGAUCUGCUGCUCGAGUUCAAUGCCAGUUCCAAUCGCACGGCCAAGGGAUUCCGUGGGAAGUACAAGUUCGUGCCGAAUGAUCUGGGAGUGCCGGAGCCGUCGCCCCCACCACCGGCGGUUUUGGAGGCAGCCAGUGUGGCGGUUAAGCAGGAAAAGCUCCAGCAGGAGCAGCCCUUCGCCGCCAAGGCCAACAGUCUGCCGACGGAUGUGGAACUGUCGAAGCCCGGACGCUCAUUUGAAAUAUGCAAGCAGACCUUCGACUCGCGGGUAAACAAAAGCGGGACGUUCGACAAUCAGCUGUUGAUGGCGAAGCACGCUCUCGGCGGCGUUAUAAUUGGCGGCUCGAGAGUCCUCCAGUGCCGUUACGAUUUUGAAGCCCAGCCGCCGGAAAGGGUGCAGAUCCGAUUCCAUGACUUCAACGUGCCCACGGAGAACGAGAAUUCCACUGGGUGCCAGCCGGGGGAUGCACUACAUGUGGUCACCGAGGUGCGCGGACGGUACGAGACGCAGGAGCUCCUGUGCGGCGCCUUGCCCAAGCCCCUGAUGUCCAGCGGGUCGCAGAUGCACCUCCAGUUCGUCGGCAAAUAUCCACCCACCAUGACCAACAAGGUGCAGUACUACGGAUUUCGGGCAGAGUACCGCUUUUUAACCAACUAUGGCAUCAUGUCCGGCGUUCAACUGGACGAUUGUUCCUUCGUCUACAACAGCAGUGAGCGAAUAAGUGGCCUAUUUCACUCACCCAAUUUUCCUGGCUAUUAUCUGGAAAAUGUUGUGUGCAAUUAUUACUUCUACGGAGCCAGUGACGAGAGAGUUGUGCUGCAUUUCACAUAUUUCGAUGUUGAAGGAAUUGGAGCUUGUGACCACCAGACUGCCAGCGACUACAUUGAGUUUUCCAAUUUCAUGAGCACAGAUCGAAAGUACAGCAGAUACUGCGGAAAACUGCCCGAUUUUGAAAUGCGUUCUGAGGGGCGCUUCUUUCGAGUCACCCUGCAUUCAAAUGAUCGCUUUGUGGCCAUUGGUUUUCGCGCCCUAUACACUUUUGAAACCAUCCCGGAGAAUGACUCCGAUCUGCGAGACAAUGCCUCCAUGCAGAGCUUCGUUUCGACAGCUUCAUCUCAUUCGGUUGUCGACUUAACAAAUUUAAUAUUUUAUAUCAUAUGCAUUUAUAAAACAUACCAAUAA